GAGGCGAUCGUUUCUGUGUCAUAUGUUGACAUCUGUGCAGGAAGUAGUGUGUGGUGUCCGUGUGCUGGCUUGACGGACCGCCGCGAUCCGCUGGCUGCAGCCUCUCUGUCACUGCAGGCGCUGAAACACUAAACCUUUCCUGGAAACGGAUUCCCCGGAACCUCCAGCUGAACCGAGCUGCUGUCUGUGCGGGAGCACUCUUCACAGAGCCCACACUGCAGCUGUGCUCUCAUUUAAAAACGGGACAGAAAGCGGACCUUUUCCUGUUCAGACUGCUGGGAGCACUGAAACGUUUGUUCACUGGAUUCUGAUUUUUAAUAGUUGAAAUAAUUUCCUUUCCCUCUAACUUCAGUCAGUAAUGGUUGCCCGUGCAGCGACCAUUUUGCAUCAUGAGGAACCACAAAGUUCUUGCUACCCACAACCUUUGCCUCCAACCUGGAACCAAGCACAGGAUCUCCGCUGCAUCACCACCAACUUCCAGUAUCUGCAGACCUCAGGUUGGUAUUGGGGUUCGAUUUCAGCAAGCCAAGCUCGGGAAGUUCUCCAGACCAAGUCUGAAGGAACAUUCUUGGUGCGGGACAGCAGCCACCCUCAGUACAUGCUGGCCCUGUCAGUGAUGACCCGCUGUGGACCCACCAGUGUGCGCAUACAGUACAACAGGGGCUGCUUCUGGUUGGACUCCAUGUCCCCUCACCAGCCUCACCUACAAGCUUUCCCAGACGUUCCAAGCUUGGUCCAACACUACACCGUCUUAAGUCAGACAGCGCAGGACCUGGAAUCAGUCCCUCCCCAAACUAAGCUGGACCCGAUGCAGCAUGCAGCCAAAGACAUUGGAGUCCCUCUUAAACUGCUGCAUCCGUUACAUAAAAUGCAGGGUUUUCCUUCUUUGCAGCACCUGGCCCGCCUUGCCAUCAAUAAACACACAAACUGCACUGACCAGCUGCCCCUUCCAAAGAGCUUACUGCACUUCCUGCAGAACUACCCUUUCUUCAUAUAAAGAUCGCAGCCUGGUAGACGCAGGGGGACAAAAAUACAGGGACAUGGUUGGAAUUACUCUCCACUGAAGCAUGCUGUGGAUAAGGAGCAGUUUUAGAUCCUGCACAAGCAGGGAGGGAAGACAGAAAUGGUCCAAGUGCAAGAAGACUCAAUGUUAUCUCACAUAAAUGAGCUCAGUCUCAAUCCAGCACAGCAGCUUUUUGCCUAAAAGUGAAUUUUUUGUUUAUCUAGCUAAUGUGAACCGUGCAGUGAAUGCCCAAAUGUUUUUUGUAAUUCUGAGCUGCAGAAGUAAACCUGUGGAUUUUAAAUGGUUUGCAAAGCGGCAGACCUAAGUUUUUAAUAAUAAACCAAGUUAUCAGAGCGUU